AUGUCCUCUACUGGCUCUAAUCUAUCAGGUUCUACAGCACAUAAUAGAGGAAAAGACAGCAGCUACAAUAAUAGUUCCCAAGUGUGUCUCAGCAGAGUGGUGGCCAAUUCUAAUGCAUAUACAUGUAGAUUAUGUAGUUUUGCCCCCAGUUCAAAUCACUUUCAUAAGAGGCUGUUCAGGAGUAGUAAAGCCUUGGAAAAACCUAAGUUGGCAGUUCCUGGCAGUAAGAGUGAGUUAGAAUUGUUUAAGAAAUAUUGUAAGAUCAUGAGUUUGAUAUCUUUACCUUCUGAGGUAGAUACUCUUGUUUCAUUUAUUGUCUGGCUUGAUCUUACCUAUUUGUUUGCAGUUUGUGCUGAUAUAUUAGCAGCAGUGUCCAGAAGUCACUUAGAAGCUCAGCUCCCAGAUCCUUCUAAAGAGUAUUGGGUUAGAAGAGUCUAUAAAGAAAUAUAA